GUGGGAUCUGGCUGUAGUACUUCCAUGUGUACCCCUGCUCCAGGAGGUUCCUGGAGGAGGUGCAUGGUGCUGGAGAUGAAGGACGAGCCUGAAGCCUGCUCACUGAGGAGGGAGGGUGUCGCUUGUGCAGUGUAGCCUUGGUCACUCCAGUGGUUGGGAAGGGUAACUUUCCCCGUGUGAAAAUACAGCUGCUGUAUUCGGCCAAUCACAAAGCAGUGGGGAUCUUGUGGGGAAUGUCGCUGGGAUGUCUUUGGGCCUACUACGUGUUCUGAACCCCUCACAGCAACGUUAGCACACGGUGCGAUUGUCACUGUGUUACUGGCUGUUUUUAAUGCAAAAACAAUCAUUCCGAUUCUGUCUUUAUUAAAUCUACUGCUGUUUGUGGACCACACGGAGAAGCUGGACAGAAAAAACACCACCAAGAAAAAAAACUUCUACUCUGAUUAUUUCUGGCAACAAAGAUCCAGUUGAAUGGUGGAAGGCCAUAUGGCUCUGAUGGAGGCUUCAAUUAACCACCUGCCACUCAAUAAUACUGGAGACCCCCUAAGCAUGAGUGCUGCUUUGCCCAGUGAGCCUGCCAGCUCUGUCACAGAGUCUACACUGGAGACAAAUGAGAACACGGAGCAGAAAGCGAGAACAUUGACCAGAACGGAUCCACCAAUCCAAAACUGCAUCAAGCAGAACUGUUCUAUCCAGUCGUCGUCGUCGUCGUCACCUCGGUCCUCGGUUUUUUUGUCACGGUACAAUUCUCCAAAGCUGUUGUCUGCAUCGCUUCCGCAUCAUUCUUCUGCUUGUUGCCAUUUUCAAGAGUCUGAGUGCUGUAAUUUGAAACAGCAAGAUGGAAGCCUUUUCCAGGGGUCCUUGCAUUCAAGGGCUCUUCACAUGGGCCCCUGUUGUGUGCAGGGGACACCCAGAUUCUGCAUGCAACAUCAAUGGCAGGAGCGUUUCCAGAACCAACCAAACAUGACCACAUUCAGUCCUGCAAGACCAUUUCGAGUCCCCAAAAGUUACGCAGAGCUCAUUGCAGACUGGCCUGUGGUGGUCCUCGGUGUGUGUACUAUACUCAUUGUGGUAUGCACUUUAGUAGGCGUCCUUGUUCCAGACCUGCCGGACUUCUCAGAUCCGUUACUGGGCUUUGAACCUCGGGGCACUACAAUAGGUCAGAGGCUUGUGACAUGGAACAACAUGGUGAAAAACACAGGCUACAAAGCCACCUUGGCUAACUACCCCUUUAAAUAUGCAGAUGAACAGGCCAAAAGUCAUCAAGAGGACCGGUGGUCAGAGGAUCACGCUGAAAGAGAUAAAAGACAAGCAGAAUGGGACUUCAGUAAAGACAGUUUCUUCUGUGAUGUUCCAGGUGACAGUUACUCUAGAAUUGUGUUCACCUCUGCUGACGGGAAGAACUUGUGGAAUAUACAGGCCAUAAAAUCCAUGUGCAAUUUUGACAAUACCAGGGUUCGCUCUCAUCCACAAUACUGGAGUUUGUGCCAACGUGCCACAUCUGCCUCUUGUUGUCCUAGCUGGACUCUUGGGAACUACAUAGCUGUACUCACCAACAAGUCAUCCUGCCAAAAGAUAACAGAACGGGAUGUAUCUCUGACCUUAAAGGUCCUGCGCUCCUGUGCCAAGUUCUACUAUAAUGGCACAUUAGGUCCAGAGUGUUGGGAUGUGAAUACACGCAGGAAAGACCAGUUCAAGUGUGCCAGUGUCCCCAGAAAAUGCACCAAAUACAAUGCUGUAUAUCACAUCCUACAUUUCUUAGUGGACAAGGAUUUCCUUAACCCAAAGAGCAUUGAAUUCCAACCACCUGAUCUCAAAUACAGCAUGUUGUUCUCUCCCACAGAGAAAGGUGAAAGCAUGAUGAACAUUUACUUGGACAACUUUGAGAACUGGAACGCCACAGAUGGAGUCACCACCAUCACGGGUAUAGAGUUUGGCAUCAAACACAAUUUGUUCCAGGACUACCUUCUUACAGAUACUAUGUAUCCUGCAAUAGCGAUUGCGAUUGUACUAGUAGUUAUGUGUGUAUACACCAAGUCUGUUUUUAUCACCAUCAUGACCAUGUUUGCCAUCAUCAGCUCCUUAAUUAUCUCCUACGUCCUUUAUCGUGUCGUCUUCAAUUUUGAAUUCUUCCCCUUUAUGAAUCUCACGGCAUUAAUUAUUCUUGUCGGAAUUGGUGCAGAUGAUGCUUUUGUGUUAUGCGACGUCUGGAACUACACAAAAAUUGACAAGCCGAACUCUGAGCUCUCCGAAACUGUCAAUGUCACACUUCAGCAUGCAGCACUUUCAAUGUUUGUCACCAGCUUCACUACAGCUGCUGCCUUCUAUGCUAAUUACGUCAGCAACAUUACAGCCAUCCGCUGCUUUGGUGUCUAUGCUGGCACUGCUAUCCUGGUCAAUUACAUUCUAAUGGUAACCUGGUUACCUGCUGUAGUGGUUCUUCAUGAGCGAUACCUGCUAAACAUCUUCAUGUGCUUCAGGUCACCACAUCACACCACAAGCUUUUUGAAGAACAUGUAUCAGAAUGCCAACAAGUGCCUGUUUGCUCUCUCAGAGUGUUCCCGCAUUUUCUUUGAAAAAGUACUGCCAUGGAUUGUAAUCAAACUGCGCUACCUGUGGCUCUUUUGGUACCUGGUCAUAACUGCUGUUGGAGCGUAUAUCGUCUGUGUAAGCCCUAAAAUAAAACUGCCUUCCUUGGAGCUAUCAGAAUUUCAAGUGUUUCGCGCCACACAUCCUUUCGAACGCUAUGAUGCAGAAUACAAAAAACUGUUCAUGUUCGAACGUGUCCACCACGGAGAAGAUCUUCACAUGCCUAUCACUAUAAUAUGGGGUGUUAUCCCAAUAGACAGUGGUGAUCCCAUGAACCCCAAGAAUAAAGGCAAACUGACACUCGAUACAAGUUUUAACAUAACCAGCCCUGCAAGCCAAUUAUGGAUUCUCAACUUCUGUCAGAAGCUCAGGAACCAAAGCUUCGUGUUCCAGUCUAAUGAACAAGAUUUCACCAGUUGCUUCAUGGAGACUUUUAAGCAGUGGAUGGAGAACCAAGACUGCGAUGAGGCUAGAGUCCUUCCAUGUUGCAGUCAGUCCACAUUCCCCUACAAACAGGAUGUGUUUGAGUUGUGCAUCAAGCGAGCUAUUAUGGAGCUGGAUCGCAGCACUGUCUAUCAUUUGGACAGUAAGACACCGGGGCCGAGAUUUGACAUUAAUGAUACAAUCCGUGCCAUUGUGCUUGAAUUCCAUAGCACCUAUCACUUCACCUUAGCGUAUGAAAAAAUGCAUCUGUUUUACCAUGAGGUGGAUUCCUGGAUCCAGGAAGAGUUAAAGAAUGCUCCAGAUGGAUUAAACUAUGGUUGGUUUGUCAGCAAUUUAGAAUUCUAUGACCUCCAGGAUAGUCUAUCCGAUGGAACUCUUAUUGCCAUGGCACUGUCUGUGGCAGUUGCCUUCAGUGUUAUGCUUCUAACUACCUGGAAUAUCAUUAUUAGCCUUUAUGCCAUUAUCUCUAUAACUGGAACCAUUUUUGUAACCGUGGGAUCGCUGGUGCUUUUGGGAUGGGAACUAAAUAUACUAGAGUCUGUUACCAUAUCAGUGGCUGUAGGGCUUUCUGUAGACUUUGCGGUACAUUAUGGUGUAGCAUACCGUCUCGCACCAGAACCCGAUAGGGAAGGGAAGGUGGUUUUUUCAUUGAGUAGAAUGGGUUCAGCCAUUGCCAUGGCAGCACUCACCACUUUUGUUGCUGGAGCAAUGAUGAUGCCAUCCACAGUACUGGCUUAUACCCAGCUUGGCACAUUUCUGAUGCUAAUCAUGUGCGUAAGUUGGGCUUUUUCUACUUUUUUUUUCCAGUGCAUGUGUCGUUGUAUUGGUCCACAGGGCACUUGUGGACAGAUUCCCAUGCCUAAUUUGUUUGCGAAGUGUCAUGUUUUUAAAGCAGGUCCCUCUGACCCGUCACCUUCCCAGGCAACCAAAUACCAGUCAGAUACUAGGGGACAAGUGGUGGAGUAUGAACUUGAGCCAUUGGCGACUAACGAUGGAAAUACAGAAAAAACAGAGGUUCAAACACAAUGUACUCAACUAACCAAUGAAAACGCUUCUUGUUGUCAAUUGAAAAACAAAAUAGACUGUGCAAAAGUGCCUGAUCCUAAAAAUUCUGAUCCUAAUGAUAUGGCAAACACAGAUCCUGCAUAUCUGCAUACCUACUCUUAUAAUACUUGUUGUACCUGUGACCAUUUUUUGUCCCAGCACACAAUGGGCACACAGUGGCCCCAUCACCACACAUGUAUCCAAGAGUGUCCAUGCCCGGCUUCACAGUUCACUUCAACAGGUAAUCAUGUAGCCAAAGAUCAGAACAUCAUCUCAAAAUUAAAUACAGUGCACACAACUACCAAUCAUGAGGUGAACAAUGUACACUGUGUUCCUGCCCAUUUCCACAAGUGUUCCCAGUCUCCAUCCACAAGAACUAGCUCUCUCAAAAAGCAUGGCUGCUACCUUCGGGGAUGUAACAUGCACACUUUGCACCAUCAAUCGCCAGACCAUCCACCUGGUGAUUCAGGACCUGAUGAAUCACGCUCAGCCAGUCCAUGCAAACUACCACCUGAUACCAUCAGUGCUCGAGCUCACACACAGCUUUCCACAGUUCAGUGCUGCACAUUAGCUCAGACACAAAGAGAAUGUAUAAUCGAUGAUGGAACAAAUAAGUCAGGAAACACAUCAUUUAACCACCUAAAUAGCAAGUUGGCAAAUGCUUCUGUUUUGGUGCAAGAUUACAAUGAUAAACUUAAAAUGGCUCCCACUGUGCUUGACAGAAGUGUCCAUUGCAAACAGCGCCACAGAACCAUGACUGAAGACUCACCCAAGAGAGACAUUUACUUAAACGGCACUAUAAAAGUAAACUGCAAGCCAAAAAAUGAUGCAAAUGUUCAAGUCCUUCCCUUUAACACUCUCACUUUAUCAGAAAGUUUAUGUUAAUAAAGAGGUUAAAACUUAAUAACAGGGACCAUGGGAAUAUACAUUGCUAUAGGGCCAUACAUUGUGUUCCUCUGCAGUUAAAUGUGUACAAUUAUGCAAUUUACUGUCCUUUGUGGGUCCUGUAGAAAUUUGUAUUCUUGAAACAUAAUGUUUACACGGUUCUCACUGGCCCUUUGCUAACAAUUUGCUGUCGUUUGCUGGAGAUAUUCUCAUGCACACAUGACCUAUAUACUUUAAUUCCUGAUAAUGUUACUAACUGGAGACAAAAUGUGUAAAGUGUUUAUAAGCAAGAUGGAUUAUCGCAUUAUAUAGCUCAUAAAUAAAUGACCAAAAUGAUGAA